AUGCUUUCAGAUUCUUAUUGCGUGAUAGAGAAUGUUUUGUACGCUGCUGUUAACGGAGACCUCAGAUGGUAUGACUCUCAGGGAAGACAGUGGAGAAAUUUGAAGGGUUUGGUAGGACUACCCAAGAUCCCUAAUUAUGGCCGUAGUCAGGUUAGAUUGGCAGAUUAUGGUGGAAAGUUAGUGGUUAUGUGGGACGACUUUAUUGUUCCUUGGCAUCGCGGCUGUGAGACGACAUUUUUUUGUGCAGAGGUUGCACUUCAAAGGCUCAAUAGUUUUGAAAUUUGGGGCAAAGUUGAGUGGGUUGAUCGUUUGCUUACAACAUUUGACGACCAUUAUGUCGUGAAGGUUAUUGCUGCUGCUGUCUGA